GAAAAGGUUAAAAAAAUCCUUGAAUUCUUUGCUCCAGACACUUUAUGCUGACAAGCAAGGCCUUGACCCAGAGUCAACAGCCAACAAUUUGAGCAGCCAACAUUUUGGACUUUAGUAGAUUGGAACCCACGAUCUGUGCCUACUUUCACCGCCAUUGUAACACUGGUUGAUGUUCAGGCUACCAGAAAAAGUAAUGAUUUCAAACCGAAUCAAGUGGAAGUGCACGAUCCUUAGAAGACCUAAGAAUUAGAGAAACCGACGGAAUGAAACAGUGAUUGAACGAGGAGCAAAAAUGAAUCACGGGAUUCGGGCAGUCAACAAGCAGCUCUGCAAUCUUAGCGGGUAAAACCUUCCAACUUAGGCUCACUUGUUCUAGAUGAUCAUGACAACCCCACGUGCAAUCGUUAACAAUUCAGGGAUGUUUCUAUUUAAACAGUAAUGCUCUCACUUAGGUCACCCACCAUCUCCACCCUGAAUUCUGCAUUUGCCCCAAAUGGCAGAGUCUAAUAAGAGGUAUGUCUGCAAUCUCUUUGGAGUCUCACUUGUAAUUCUCCAUUUGUCUUACUGCUCUGCAAUCUCUCAAGACGGAAGAAUCCUUUUGCAAAUAAAGGAGAGAGAUUGGAUUGACAGUCAUGGCGCACUCUCCAACUGGAAUGAGUCCCACAGCAAUCCAUGCGCCUGGAAUGGAGUUUCCUGUGACUCUGCCUUUUCUGUCACUCAAAUAAAUCUCACCAAUACUCUGCUAUCUGGAAAUCUGACUUCUGCCAUAUGCUCUCUUACUAAUUUGACCUCCCUCAUAAUCCAAGGGAACAGUUUUAAAGGCCCCUUUCCCAGUGCUCUGCUCCAGUGUAAGCUCUUGCAGAGGCUGGACCUGUCCUAUAACUCGUUCCAUGGAAGUCUGUCCGAUUCAAUCCAUGAGUUGAGCGAGUUGAGAGUGUUGAACCUCGCAGGCAACGUCUUCUCUGGUGCCAUUCCCCCUGCUUUCGGACUCCUCCCAAAGAUCGAAGUCCUGUUCUUCCAUGAGAACAGCCUCAGCGCCAAAAUCCCUGCUUUUCUGGGCAAUUUGACGACUUUGACCAACUUCAGCAUCGGAGACAAUCCUCUGCAGCCUGGUGUGCUGCCAAGCGAGCUCGGGAAUCUGAGGCGGCUGCAGCAGUUGUGGGUCUACAAUUGCACCCUCGUCGGAAAAAUCCCGGAUUUUUUCGGCAAUUUGACAGAGUUGGUGUACUUGGACAUGUCCAAGAAUGGCCUCUCUGGCGAAAUUCCGAUCAGUAUAACAGCUCUGUCAAAGAUGACGAAGUUGCUACUGUGGCAGAACAAUCUGUCAGGAAAAAUUCCGGCAAAGAUUGGUGAGCUGAGCAGCUUAUCCCUUCUGGAUCUUUCCGACAAUCAGCUCAGCGGUGAGAUUCCAGAUGGGAUUGCGAACCUCACAUAUCUGGAUACUCUGCAUCUGAUGCAGAAUCUGCUUACAGGUCCCAUUCCUGCGCGCCUCGACCAGCUUCGAUUCCUGACAAGAUUAACACUUUUCAACAACAGUCUCACCGGCUUACUGCCCCAAAAUUUGGGCACCCAGUCCGAUAUUUUUCUCAUUGACAUUGUAGGCAAUUCCUUUGAAGGCCCUCUGCCGGAGAAUCUGUGUAGCCGAGGAACUCUUUAUGGGCUGGCCAUAUUUUCGAACAGAUUCAAUGGAAGCUUGCCUUCAUCUCUGCAUAACUGCAAGUCUCUCCAGUACGCACUGCUUAACGACAACCGCCUGAGCGGUGAGGUUCCAGAGGGUCUCUGGGGAUCUCCAAGUAUUACUGAACUGCAACUUCAGAACAAUGAAUUCGAAGGCCGAAUUCCUGCUGCAAUUGGCCAAGCAAAGAAUCUGACCAGACUAGAGAUCGGUGGAAACCAUUUUGGCGGGCAGAUUCCCUCUGAAAUUGGGGGGCUGAGGAGUAUCCAGUAUUUCACUGCCAGAAAUAAUAAUUUCUCGGGACCAAUUCCUCCUGAGCUUUUGAGUUUGUCUGAUCUGGAAAGCCUCAAUCUUGAACACAACAAUCUCUCUGGAGAGAUUCCCAAGCAGCUGGAAUCGAUGCAGCGCCUAAGGCUGCUCAAUCUGGCAAACAACAAAUUGAGGGGCCCAAUUCCAGAAACACUGGGGUCUCUUCCCGUCCUGGCUUCCGUUGACCUGUCCAACAAUGAUCUUCAGGGCAGAAUCCCCAUGGCAUUAGGACGUCUGAAGUUGAAUGAGUUCAACGUAUCGGGUAACGAUUUGUAUGGUCCGGUUCCUAAUGCUCUCAAUAAUUUGGCCUUCAAUAUGAGUUAUGAAGGCAAUCAGAAAUUGUGUGGCGGAGGCCCUCUGCAGCUCCCCGCUUGUUCUUCCAACAGAAAACACUUCCCAAACGUGGUCGCUUUUGUUGUAGUGAUAGUGUUGUGUAGUGCGGCUGUAGUGAUAUGCUUGAGUAGCAUAGCGUGUAUGUAUAACAAGCGCCGCUCGUUACUCCGCAAGGACAAAAGCUCUGAUCAAGUUAGCCAGUUUAUGAGUCAGAAGCAACCUGUAUAAUGAAAGUCUGAGCUAAUAAGUUGUGUAUAUCUUCACGCUUUGUGAAGAUAUAGUAUGUAUUUCUACGUUAUGUAUAUUCCUUGCAUGCGAAACGUGCUUAGUUAAAAUAUGAAACAAAUACCUAGACUCAUCUGUCUCUUGGGAGAAGAUCAAAACUCAUAUAUACAAGUGCACGGUGAAGACCGUUUUAGUA